GCGCCGCGCCGGAAGCGCUGAAGGCCGGUCCGGAGGCGGCCGCCCGGGCCCUAUGGGGAGGGAGGGCGGGGGAUGGAUGGAGAGGCUCGGGAAGCUGUGGAGGGGCCGCACCAUGACCUUCGGGGUCCCCCUCUUGCUGUAUCUUGUUGGAGGAUCUUUUGGACUCCGUGAAUUUGCUCAGAUAAGAUACGAUGUCCACAAACUACAUGGCAAGGUUGAUCCAGCUUUGAAAGAAAAAUUAAAACAGAACACUGUGACACUGGAAUCUGAAUAUGAGAAGCUGGAAAAGUCUGACUUGGAUAACUGGGAGAACAUCAGAGGACCCCGUCUGUGGGAAGAUUCUAGGACUGUUCAGAAGCAACGGCGGGAGGCUGUCCGUCUCAAGACAGCGACUCAAGAGAGUGACUGAGCAAGCCUACUUUGGUGCCUCUGCAAAAAAAAAAAAAGUCUCAGUCUGAACUGUCGUAUUUUUUAAACCAGUAUCAGGAACAGACACGGGAGGGGGGGAUUGCACUGAACAAUUCAUGCUGGUGUAUAUAUAAGUAACAGUGAGAUCAAUCCAAAAGGCACUGUAUUAUAUGAAACUCUUUGUUUGCAUCCAUUUGCACAGAGUUCCACAGGCUGCAUAUAUCAAUUCUCAAUUAAAAAAAUAGCUGAUUAUUCUA